GUCGAAACUUGGCUCUUUCACUCCACUCUUAACAACUCUCUGAGCCUCUUUUCUCCUCGGUACUCUUGACAGCUUCUGGAUUUGUCACAUUAAUAUCUGGAAAUGGCUGUCACAUUCUACAACCUCAACUCAGAUGCUGGUCUCAAGAAGCUUGAUGAGUACCUCCUUACACGUAGUUACAUUACUGGGUAUCAAGCUUCCAAGGAUGACAUCACAGUAUAUUCGUCACUUCCCAAGCCCCCAUCAUCUGAAUAUGUCAACGUUUCUCGGUGGUACAAACACAUUGAUGCACUUUUGAGGAUCUCUGGUGUAUCUGGAGAAGGUUGUGGUGUAACCAUUGAAGGUUCUGCACCUAUCCCUGCGGGCGUGGUAACACCACCUGCCGCUGACACAAAGGCUGUUGAAGAACGUGUUGCAGUUAUUAAGGCUUCAAGCAAAACGAAAGAGUCUGGAAAGUCCUCGGUUCUUUUGGAUGUGAAGCCAUGGGAUGACGAGACUGAUAUGAAAAAGCUCGAGGAAGCUGUUAGAAGUGUUUCGAUGGAAGGAUUACUCUGGGGAGCAUCUAAACUUGUUCCGGUUGGGUCUGGUAUUAAGAAACUACGAAUUAUGCUCACCAUUGUGGAUGACCUCGUGUCCGUGGAUGAACUUAUUGAGAAUUAUCUCACUGUUGAACCUGUCAACGAGUAUGUCCAGAGCUGCGAUCUCGUUGCUUUCCACAAGAUAUGUAAGCUCACUUGUCCUUCGAUUCUUCUUUUAAUUAAUGGCUACAAAGUGUGAUCAUUGAGUUUUACA